AUGAAAGGAACGAAACUGGGCACUGCCCAUCAUACUCAAACCGCCAUUGUCGGCAACGCGGAUGCCGAGCUUGUUCUGUCCCAUGCAGCCCCAAUCCCUCUAGUCACGGACGAUGUAGUUCUGGUCCAGAAUAGGGCCGUCGCCGUGAACCCUGUCGACACCAAGAUGGUCGGCCCAUACGCCACAGCAGGCGCCAUCGCCGGCAGCGAUUUUGCCGUCUUCAAAAGCGUGGGCGUUCCCGGGAACCCGCUGCUUGAGAACCCUGACCCGAGGCCGGUCCUCGUGUAUGCGGGCAUGAAGGAGCUCAAGGCUGGCAAGCUGUUGGACAAGAAGCUCAUUUGCGCUCUUUGA